AUGAGUGUAAUUACUUCUUUAGAGGCAGCAUUUCGAAUUUUACCAAAGUUUGACAAGCAAAACUCUGAAGACUUACAUAAUUUUAUAAAUUCGUCAGAAUUUGCUUUUUCGUGUAUUAGUGAAGACAUAAAGCCCAAGAUUUUAGGAGCAAUAAUAGCAAAUUUGACAGCAAAAGCAGCUCAGGUUGUUCGAUUUAAAAAGAUAGAUACAUGGGAAGAAUUGAAAACAACUUAA